GGCGGCGGUUCAUUCGUAGAGAAUGUGUUGGACUUGGUUAUAGUUCUUAGUUCCCACCUUCGCAGAUUCAGUGCUUCAUUACCACCCACGGAACGUUCAGUCAACAUUUCGCAAAUUUAAUGAUCUAAUAUCUGUUAACCAUGACUGAUUCCAGUUUCCCUGGACUUGGACGCGGUAGUCUUUUAAAUAACAGACCAUGCUCUGUACCACCCAAGGUACAAUUGGCACCGCGAUUUGACCCUCAGUCUGAAAGCAGUGAUUCUUUCACUGACACCAGUACUCCUUCUGAUUCAGAUGAUGAUGAUUACAUUUACCAGGAGUUGAGUAAACUCACACAGUUUGCAUCACCGGGUGUCCCUCUCUCAUCAUUAAACAAGCAAGAUUCCUCUACAACAGAAACUCAAGGUGCAGCAAAACUCAGCCAGUAUGAGAAUGCAGAUGAAUCUACACCAAGACCAAAUAAAAACAACUCAGUUUCGUCAAAAGCAGAGCUUGCAAAGCUUUCUGGUGGUGCAUUUAGAGCACCAUUCAGUAAGAUGUCUAGCAGUAGCAAUGAUAGUCUGUAUGAUGCCAGUAGAAGAGUAUCUGAAAAUAGUAGUGUGAUCAUUGAAGGCUACAUAAGUGAUGCAUCAUCUGUCUCAUCAGUGGACAGUGUUAAACCUAAAAAACAAAUAAAUAUGCUUCAUCAGGGACUUGGUCGUGGUAGAGCAAUGAAGACUGCUCUUCAUCACAAACACUCAGUAUCUAGAUCUUCUUCGGAUGAACUGCUGGUCCGGACGUACAGUCCAUCAAAAGAUAACAGUAUACAGGAUAAAGGAAUUCAGAAAUUAGGACCACACAGAAAGGUAGUGUCAAAUAAUAGAUCUCCUAGAGGUGAGAGUCCGAGACGAACACAACCUCAACCGAGAUACCAAGAUAAAGCACAGAGAUGGAAAAGUCCUCAACGUACUGAUAAUAUUCCAGCAAGGUUGUCAGAUGCGCAUUCCAGCGCAUCAGAGAUUCAUUCUGAUCUUGAGGGAUGUAACAAGAAGGAGCAGGAUUUCUUGAAGAAUGAAUAUGAAUGGCAGAAAAGUAAAAUUGAAAGGAAGAUAAAACAGAUUUUGAAAUUGUUGUCGCCAACUGCUACUGUUGAAAGUGCCAGAGAAAUUGAGAAAAUCAUAACCACAGAAACAUCCAAGUUGACUAGUUUUCCAUGGCCAAAGGAAUUAUUUAUCACUCUUGAAGUAAUAUUUGAGCAUGCUAUAAAUGAUUGUGAGCAGCAUGAUAAUAUUUGUGUUUUGAUUCAACAACUUUCUG